AUGGCUGCUACAAGCAAUGUGACUGAAAUAAUUUUCUUGGGAUUUUCCCAGAACUGGGAUGUGCAGAAGAUCAUUUCUGUGGUGUUUCUCCUCAUGUACACAGCCAUUGUGUUAGGCAAUGGACUCAUUGUGGUGACCAUCAUGGCCAGUAAAGGCCUCAGCUCCCCCAUGUAUUUCUUCCUCAGCUACUUGGCCUUUGUGGAGAUCUGUUACUGUUCUGUCACAGUGCCCAGGCUCAUCAUUGACUCCUUUACCGAGAGGAAAGUCAUUUCCCUCAAGGGCUGCAUCACACAGAUAUUUUUCCUCCAUUUCUUUGGUGGCACCGAGAUCUUCCUCCUGACAGUGAUGGCCUAUGACCGUUACGUGGCCAUCUGCAAGCCCUUGCACUACACGGACAUCAUGAACCGUUGUUUGUGUGGUCUCCUGGUGGGGGCCGCCUGGGGCGGGGGCUUGCUGCAUUCUGCUGGGCAAACCUUCCUCAUUUUCCAGCUACCCUUCUGUGGCCCCAACAUCAUUGACCAUUACUUCUGUGACGUCCACCCCAUGCUGAAGCUGGCCAGCUCAGACACCUUUCUCAUUGGCCUGCUAAUCACUGCUAAUGGCGGCUCCAUUUCGGUGAUCAGCUUUGCUGUGCUGCUUGCUUCCUACAUGGUCAUCCUGCACUCCCUAAGGAGUCAGACCUCAGUGGGGCGGCGCAAGGCCCUCUCCACCUGUGCCUUGCACAUUAUGGUUGUGGGGCUGUUCUUCGUACCCUGUUCCUUUGUUUACUUGAGGCCCUGUGUCAGCCUCCCUGUGGACAAGAUAGUGGCUGUGUUUUACACAGUGGUCACACCACUCUUAAGCCCCAUCAUUUACUCCUUCAGGAAUGCUGAAGUGAAAAACGCCAUGAGGAGACUGAUGGGGAGGAAGUGAUUUGGGAAGAGAAAUAGAUGAGGGAGUAGAGGCAAGAAACUGGGG